GCGGUGCCGGGGCGCAGUGCGCCUGCGCGGCGCUCCCGGAAGCGGCGGCGGCGGCGGGGCAGGGACCCCGCGGUGCGCUGAGAGGGGCCGGGGCGGCGGCGGUGGCGGCUCUGCCCGCCUGGGGGGCGGCGGCGGCGAACAUGACGAACUUCAUCUCGGUGCAGCUGAAGAAGGCCUCGGAGGUGGACCUGGCCAAGCCGCUCUGCAAGUUCAUCCAGCAGAGCUACCCGGGCGCCGAGGCGCAGGCCGAGCACUGCCGCGCCGCCGAGGAGCUCAGCCGGCUCCGCAAGAGCGCGCUCGGCCGCCCGCUCGACAAGCACGAGAGCGCCUUGGAGACGCUCCUCAGAUAUUAUGAUCAGCUGUGUUCAAUUGAACCAAAGUUUCCAUUCUCUGAAAAUCAGAUCUGUGUAACAUUUACGUGGAAAGAUGCUUUUGAUAAAGGAUCACUUUUUGGAGGAUCUGCCAAAUUGGCUCUGGCAAGUUUGGGGUAUGAAAAGACCUGUGUUUUGUUCAACUGUGGAGCAUUGGCAAGCCAGAUUGCAGCAGAACAGAAUCUGGAAAACGAUGAAGGACUAAAAGCUGCAGCUAAGCAUUAUCAGUUUGCGAGUGGUGCUUUUCAACACAUUAAAGACACAGUUUUGUCAGCCUUGAAUCGAGAACCUACAGUGGACAUCUCUCCAGACACAGCUGGGACUCUCAGUCUUAUUAUGUUGGCUCAAGCGCAAGAAGUCUUUUUUUUGAAAGCAACAAGAGAUAAAAUGAAAGAUGGUAUCAUAGCUAAACUAGCAAAUCAAGCUGCAGAUUAUUAUGGUGAUGCUUACAAACAGUGUCAAUAUAAAGAUACUUUGCCCAAGUAUUUCUAUUUCCAGGAGGUGUUUCCUGUUCUGGCUGCAAAGCACUGCAUUAUGCAGGCCAAUGCAGAGUAUCAUCAGUCUAUUCUGGCAAAGCAGCAGAAGAAAUUUGGUGAAGAAAUUGGGAGGUUACAGCAUGCAGCAGACUUGGUGAAAACAGUGGCAUCUCGCUAUGAUGAAUAUAUAAACGUUAAAGAUCUGGUUGACAAAAUCAACCGUGCACUUGCAGCUGCUAAAAAAGACAAUGACUUCAUUUACCAUGACCGAGUUCCUGACCUGAAAGAUUUGGAGUCCAUUGGAAAAGCCAGUCUUGUGAAGUCUACUCCAGUUGUUGUACCCCUGAGUCAGAAAUUCACUGACCUGUUUGAGAAGAUGGUUCCAUUGCAAGUGCAGCAAUCUGUGAGUGUUUAUAACCAGAGGAAGGCAGAUCUGGUAAACAGGUCAAUAGCCCAGAUGAGAGAAGCCACAAAUCUGGCAAAUGGUGUGUUGGCUUCCCUCAAUCUCCCUGCUGCUAUCGAAGAUGUGUCUGGGGAUACUGUUCCUCAGUCUAUUUUGAACAAGUCUAAGUCUGUGAUUGAACAGGGAGGAAUUCAGACUGUUGAUCAGCUGAUCAAAGAUCUGCCUGAACUGCUGCAAAGGAACAAAGAAAUUUUAGAUGAAUCUUUGAGAUUAUUAGAUGAAGAAGAAGCUACAGACAAUGACCUGCGAACAAAAUUCAAGGAGCGCUGGCAGAGAACACCAUCCAAUGAACUCUAUAAGUCUUUAAGGGCAGAGGGAGCCAAUUACCACAAUAUUAUGACUAAAGCUAUGCAAGCAGAUGGGCAGGUUAAAGAGCGCUAUCAGUCUCACCGGGAUACGAUUGCACUUCUGUGUAAGCCAGAGGCAGAACUCAACGCAGCCAUUCCUUCUGCCAACCCAGCAAAAACAUUACAGGGAAAUGAGGUUGUUAAUGUCUUAAGAACUUUGCUGGCCAGUCUGGAUGAAGUUAAGAAGGAGAGAGAACAACUGGAAAAUGAUCUGAAAUCUGUAAAUUUUGACAUGACAAGCAAAUUCCUUACUGCACUUGCGCAGGAUGGUGCUAUAAAUGAGGAGGCUAUCUCUGUGACUGAGUUGGACAGAAUUUAUGGGAGUUACACACAGAAAGUGCAAGAGUCCCUAAAAAAGCAGGAAGAACUUCUCAAAAACAUUCAGAAUGCACAUCAAGAUUUUUCAAAGAUGAAACAGUCAAACAACGAAUCUAAUUUAAGAGAAGAAGUUUUAAAGAACUUGGCUAUAGCAAAUGACAACUUUGUGGAACUUGUAGCCAAUUUAAAAGAAGGCACAAAGUUUUACAAUGAGCUGACAGAAAUCCUGCUGAAAUUCCAGAACAAGUGCAGUGAUAUUGUCUUUGCUCGCAAGACUGAAAGAGAUGAACUGCUCAAAGAUUUGCAGCAAAGCAUUGCUAGGGAACCCAGUGCUCCCUCUAUUCCCCUGCCUACGUACCAGACCACAUCAGCAGGAGGAAGUAAGCCAGCGGCAUCGACUCCUACUCCAGCACCAAGAACCAUGGUGGGGACUAAACCACAGCCACCAGCACGGCCACCACCACCAGUGAUUUCUGAGACAAGCAGUUCCUCUUCUGCAUCAGCACCCGCUGGAGCACCUGCAGCUCCUGCUGCUGCUCCUGUUCCUACUCCAGGAGCCAGUGCACCUGCAGCAAGCACUGCACCUUCACAGGCACAGGGACCUCCUUACCCAACUUAUCCCGGUUACCCAGGGUACUGCCAGAUGCCGAUGCCAAUGGGCUAUAAUCCAUACAUGUAUGGUCAGUAUAAUCUGCCAUAUGCACCCUCACCUAUGUAUCAAACCCCUGGACAAGCACCAUAUCCGCCACCUCAACAACCUGGAUACCCUUACCCUCAACAGCCUUAUUACCCUCAGCAAUAAUGUAUCUGCAAAGAAGCUCUGCUUGUUUUAAAAUUCGGGAGAAAUUGGCAAUAAGCAUACUAAAACUUCUAGCUUCAAUUAAUGUACCAUACUGAACUGUAUGCAGCUGUAACUCCUGUCUCUUGUUAACUGCUCCAAAAUGUCUAGAUCAGUUUUUGAUUAUACUAAACUCUUCGAAAGAUCUACUGCAGUGGUUUAGGCUGUAGACUAAUGCCAGAAUUAGAGCCUAAUUCAACAGUCUGAAACUGUACACUACAUGUUGGUUAGACCAAAAUAUUUGUUUGAAAAAUCCUGUAAGUGACAAACAUGUUCAGAUAAGAAAAAUGAGACAGUGUGUGCACUGGGUGUGAUAUAUUCUACAGAACCAUAUAGCAUUUCCUUCUAUACUCUAUUGGUUUGUAUUUUUUUUUAGUUUAGUUAAAAUAUGCUAUUUUGUCUAAUAAUCAAGGCCUUGUAAAUCAUCAGUAAAAAGAAAUAAAUUACUUGAGAAUGGUUUAAACACUUGGCAUUUUCAUUACGAUAAAAAUGGUGUUUUGUGUGUCUGUAGAUUGUUUCAUUUGUCCCUUAACUUCCAUAACAUAAAUAACUUCUUAAGAGUUUAGCCUUACAAUUGAAUUUCCACCUCUUUUCCUUGAUUCUGUAUUUUUGUGACAGAAUCUGUAAUUAACCAUUUAAGUGUUGGUAGACAAAGUCUUGCAGGUGGAGUUUUCCUCUAACUUUGGAGUGUAUUUAACUAAAAUACAUACAUUACCAUUUUUAAAGAACGAUUACUGUCAUUUCCAGGAUACUACUUAAAAUAAGGGAGGUCAGGGUUCUUUUACAGGACCAGUGAAUGGUUGUUCUAACUUGUGUUUUCCAAAGAAAUGUUGAUGAGAAAUGUGUUAUGGUUCAAAACAGAGCAACUAUUGAUUGUUGGAGCUUUGCAGAUUCUGUUUUUAAAUGAUUGCUUUUUUUCCCUUGAAAAAAUUGAUGUAUUCCCUCAGGGAGCUUGUUAUCAGUGGAGAAACUUUUUUUUUUUUUGUGGGGAAAAAGAAAAUCUUGUAAAUUAAAGCACAUUGAAUGUUUACUUUUGGAUCCAUCUUCUCAAGGGAUUAAUAGCCUUGCACUACAUUUUACAUAAGAUAGUGAAGAAUCUAAGUUUGGGGUUAAUGGCUUCUACCAAAUAUUUGCUAACCAUUUAUCAGUCUUUAUUUUUAAAACAGGCUUGUCUAGUGAGGGACUCUCCAUUCAUUUAGCCCCUGAUAUCAGUUACUUGAUUCUGUGGGACAGUUAAUUUUCUGAGUGCUUCAUACGAGAUGUUCUGGCCUUACAGAAUAGCUACCCCAGUACCCCAUGUUCAGUGUUAUUCCUUUGUUUUUCUAUUUAAGUGCCUGAUUAAGAUAUCGAGGUAUAUUUUAAUGUAGGUGUUUAGAGGUGCCAGUUAUUGUAGCAUCUGGGUGGAAACCUCGCUGGAUCAUUAAUAUUCUUCCUCAUAAAGAAAGCGGCAUUCAUAUCCAUAUGAGCUCCUUUCUUUCUGUCUCAAGUUCCUCUUGCUGUGUGAUCACUCCAGUUACUGUGUGAAGACUCCUUGUCUUUAAUACUCCCUAACACCCAUAGAAAAUGCGAAUCGAAAGGUAGAAAUAAGCAUUCCUUAUAGAGCAUGAGUAUCUAAUUCUAAACAAAUUUAUUAAGCCUGUAGAAGCUCAGUGAUGUGGGGAAUGUGCUGAAGUAAGAGACUGCAUCACCGUGGAUAAAACUGUGCACAAGGACAGGUGCUUUGCAUUUCUUUAUAGACAUUGUUGAAUGGGGUGGCACAAGAACCUCUCCAUUUUUUUUUCCCUGAUGAGAAUACAGAAGAGGCAAGCGAGGACAAUGAGAUAAAGCUAGGAAGAUAACUGUUUGGAAAUAACAAUCAGAACCUUAUUUUAUUCUAACUGAAAAAACAGUAGUUUUCCACUGAUUUCACUGUGUCAAUGUGAGCAAGUGCAAGUCUAAUGCAACCUUUUAAAUUCUAAAUUUUUAGUAUGCUAUGGCCUGUAGGUUUUUCAUUUCACACAGUAGAUGCAUUUGAGCUAUUGUGGAAGUAAGUUUUGUCUCUAGUGCCUCAAUGGAUAAAACUUAUUUUCCUGCUGUGUAAAAACGUAACUUGGUUCAGCGUAAAGAUUCUUAGAACUGAAAUUUCCUUUUUUAAAAUUUUAUCGAUCUGGAAUCACUGUCAAAACAUUUUUUCCAGUUGUGUUUUUGCUUGCUUUAGUCUGCUAUUAUUUGAAUAUGUGUAGAAAUCUAUGCAUUGUGUUCAGCUUUCAGUUUUUCUCCUUUUUUUUUUUUCUUCCUGAAGAGAACCGAAAAAUCCAGAGACAUGUUAUGUAUCUGCUUUUAAGCAUGCAACUGUCAUGACUUGGGUUGAAAUGUUAUCUUGUUCUUCUAUAGUUUAUUAAAAAAAUCAGUUAGAAAACCUGA